AUGGGAUCAUUCAAGGACUGGGUUGUCGGGCAGAUCAAAGGGCUUAGGCCCUCCUUUAUGUCACAUAAACCACACUUCAACUUCAUCACCGCCCACUACUUCUACAUUCUCGGCUUGACAUUUAUUGGCUCAAUUCUCCUCUUUGCUGGUGGUCGUGGUAACAUUAGCUAUACCGAUGCCCUCUUCUUCGGUGCCUGUGCCAGCACACAGGCCGGCCUGAAUGUGGUGGACAUCAACAAACUCAACACCUUCCAGCAAAUUGUCAUCUAUAUCAUACCGAUGCUCGCCAACCCAAUCACCAUCAACUCCUUUGUCGUCUUUCUUCGCCUUUACUGGUUCGAAAAGCGAUUCCAGCAUAUUGUGCAGGAGUCUCGGCUACGUAGGGGCACUAUUUCCAGGGCAAAGUCUAAGGCAAAAUCACUGCCUGGAGAUCUUGAAAAGGGCGUUAACGGGAGGAAGAUCACCGUGAUGCUUAACGGGCAUCGGUCACGGAUGACCCCCGAUGGCACCCUGCUGGAGGACGACCCUGUGCCCUCAGAAAAGAGCAAACUCGAAAGAAGGGCCUCGGAUCCUCUCAGUCGUACCUCUUCGAGCUGGAAAAUUGAAUCGGAUGCUCAUCGCCAUCCUGAUAUCAAGUUUUCACGGACAGUCACAAAAAGCGACGGGAUGAGCGACGACGUUCUCAAACUGCCUCCGCUCCGGUCUGAGCAGGAACAUAUUGCAAUCUUGGAACGACAGCGAAAAGAUGAUGACGAAGUCCUGCGGAUUCCCAAUCCUAGGGACGUGGAACGCGGUGUACUUCCGAAGCGUGUUGUGGCUGGAGAGGAUGAUGAACCUGACCCCCUUUCUCCUGCGAGGGGCGAAUUCAGUCACGAUGUGUGUGACGAGCCGCAGCAUCUGACAUUCGAUGGCAGGCAGCAGGCCAUCACGAUUGAAGAGCCCGAUCGUCGCAAACUCGAGCAAAGUGGAUCUGACGAUUCGCUGAUCGAUGCUAGGGCUGCCGUGCGGGCGCUGUCAUGGUUUCGAAUUCCUUUGCCCCGAUUUUUGAAGCGGGGUAAAGCGAGACUUCAUGACAACAAGCAUCCUGCAGGCCUGGCAUCAGCAGCAUUGAAGGGCCGUCGGCGUUCACUCCAAACUCUCCGUACGGUUUUGUCCCGGGAUAAGGUCGAGGGGACGCCAUAUCUGAGUUGGGAGCCCACAAUUGGGCGGAACUCAGCUUUCCCGGACCUGACGGAGGAACAGAGGGAAGAGCUCGGUGGCAUCGAGUACAGGUCCUUGAAGACGCUGGCCGUUAUUCUUGUCUGCUACUUUUGGGUCUUCUCUAUCCUGGGAGUCAUCGGUCUCUUGCCAUGGAUCCUGCACGUCCAGAAGUACGGUCAGGUUGUCACUGCUGCCGGUGUGAGCAAGGUCUGGUGGGCCUUCUUCACGGCCAACUCGGCCUUCAUGGAUCUAGGUUUCACCUUGACGCCGGACAGCAUGAACUCAUUCAACACAGCUACAUGGCCGUUGCUGUUCAUGAGCUUCCUCAUCAUCAUCGGCAACACAGGCUUCCCGAUCAUGCUUCGGUUCAUCAUCUGGAGCUUGUCACUUGUGACGUCAGUCGGCACAGGCCUAUAUGAAGAGCUCAGGUUCCUGCUGGAUCACCCACGUCGCUGCUUUACCCUACUUUUCCCUUCAGCAGCUACGUGGUGGCUUUUUGGGGUCCUGAUUGUGCUCAAUGUUGUCGAUGUUAUCCUCUUUAUCGUCCUUGAUCUUGGUGCCGAGCCUGUUAUCGCUCUAAGCCCUGGUCUGAAGGUCCUCAAUGGGCUGUUUGAGGCGGUGUCGACGAGAACGGCUGGGUUUUCUAGUGUAAACCUCGGUCUUCUACACCCAGCGGUUCAGUCUUCGUACAUGAUCAUGAUGUACAUUUCAGUCUUCCCAAUCGCUAUCUCCGUACGCCGAACAAACGUGUACGAAGAACAAUCGCUGGGCGUCUACACCCCCUAUGACCUGGACGACCAAGGGAACCAGAGUGACAUGUCCUACGUCGGAACCCAUCUGCGGCGCCAGCUCUCAUUCGACUUGUGGUACAUCUUCGUUGGCUUCUUCAUUCUAAACAUCACUGAGGGUUCGAAGCUUAUGGCCAACAGGUUCAGUGGCUUCGCGAUCCUCUUCGAAGUUGUCAGCGCGUACGGCACAGUGGGCAUGAGCUUAGGUUACAGUGGGGGCAACGAGUCGCUCUCAUCCCAGUUCAGCGUCAUAGGCAAGCUGGUUAUCAUUGCCAUGAUGAUCCGCGGCCGCCACCGUGGCCUGCCCUACGGCCUGGACCGUGCCAUUCUCCUGCCCAGCGAGUCCCUUAGCGCCACUGAGGCGUCUGCCCCGGCCCCGAUCAGCGUCGAGCCCGAGAUCCCGCGAAUCUCGAGACUUUAUUCGCGGACUUCGGCUGUCACAGGUGGCCCUGACAUCGGCAGCUCCGCCCGGCACAAGUCUUUCACCAGCGCUGAUCCCCGCAAUCUGCUGGCCUCCAUCCUCCACCCGGGUCCCCCGUUGCCGUCCAUGGGCCCAGCUGAGACGAUUCGCCGUGCCGAGUCCAUCCGGCGCAUGUCCAUUGACCCAAGUUUGGUCAGCGGCCUGGAGAGGCUAGAACGGCAAAAAUCUGCGACAACAACGUUUUCGCAGCUGCCUCAGGAUCCUGCUGGUGCUUCUGGUGCUGGUGCCAGCGCAGCUGGUGACGCAACAGCUGAGGUUACCUCAACUGCUGCUACUUCUGGUACAGACUAUUUACACGUGGAUCAGCAGCCGUGGGUGACCAGGAUUACUUCACGGAGGACAGAGCCUGGAGCGUCGACGUCACGGCGGGAUAGAGGCAGGGGGGAGUCAAUAUCCUCCUUGUCCGCUAUUCAGAGGCCUAAGACGUCUGGCCCGGUUCAUUGA